AAAACGAAAAUGGUACAGAGGCGCUCGCUGUCAGACGUCCAUCAUAUCAAGUGAGGUGUGCUCCUACCGAAAACGAAAUCUAACAAGUGUAGCCGACAUUAAUCUCUGGAAAGCUUCAGUAACACGAACCGUUAGCCCCUCCGGUGUAAUGGCAUUACAAAUGUCAGCUCUAUUUUCAUAUGUUAGAGCCCUCCCCCGCACCACCGGCCCUCUGUCCCGUGUUUGUGCUGACUUCCAGAGAGCCAGUGUCAAGUUCAAACACAUUGUAGUUCCUGGAAGCCCCCGGCCGAUAGAGAAGCCAGCAACAAGUCUUCUCCGCGGCCAUAUUAAUGCUACCCGCCGAGGCGAGAAGUUUUCAACAACAAUAGCACUUCGGGAGUACAGUCAGGUGAACGGUUCCUCCUCAUCCCGAGAGAGGAGAGGCUGGCUGGGCAAGAUCGCCCUCGGUGCAGCCCUUGGAGUGAGUACAGUCGCGCUUGUCCAGUCUCUCCACACCGGGACCCUGGCCGCCAUGGCCCGCAAAGUUGACCUGAACUCCGCUAAGGGAGACUGGAAGGAGACCAAGGACUUCUUGCUGUCUCUGUCAGUGAAAGACAGGCGUCAGUACUACAGGACAUCUGAGUUUGUUUCACUCGACAACAUCCCAGUGUGGACUCCCACUGCAGGUGGUUCUGAGCCAAACCAAUAUCAGAGGAAUGAAAAGUUGGACCAGAAGAUUUCUGUCUACACCGGCGACAUCACCAAGCUGGAGAUUGAUGCCAUUGUUAAUGCAGCCAACAACACUCUGCUCGGCGGAGGUGGAGUGGACGGAGCGAUCCACAACGCUGCAGGUCCACAGCUAAAAAAGGAGUGUGCUUCCCUCAACGGAUGUGAGACUGGAGAGGCCAAGAUCACCUGCGGCUACGGCCUGCCAGCAAAGUAUGUGAUCCACACUGUGGGGCCGAUAGCAAAAGGAGGAGUUGGAGAGGAGCAGAGGAAAGCUCUGAGGUCGUGCUACAAGAACAGCCUGAAAGCAGCCACUGAAAAUGCUGCACGUUCUGUGGCUUUCCCUUGCAUCUCCACUGGAAUCUACGGAUAUCCACCCGAACAGGCUGUGCAUGAGGCGUUAGCAACAGUGAGGGAGUAUCUGGAAGCACAUCAUGACAAGCUGGACAGAGUCAUCUUCUGUGUGUUCUUGCCGACGGAUAAGGAACUGUAUCUGCAGAACCUCCCGCUCUACUUCCCUGCUGCCUGACCAAUGACACCAGCUCAUUGUUCAGCUCCCACAGAAGCUGCUGUCAAGAGUAAACUCUGAGAGAGUGGAUCUGUCAGAUUUUGCUGCUGUGGAUACACACCGCUACGCUCAAUAUCCAGAUUCCUCCUCCCUGCUGUUGAUGCAGAGCAAGACCUUCCUCAGCCGGAGGAUAACUCCUAAAUGGAUGAUAGCUUUUUUUUGAAGUGCUCGCUGGCCUUCUGCAGAUUUUAAUUCGUUUCUGUUUUUCCCACUAAUGGUUGAAGUGAAGAGGUGUCAAGAUGAAAGUGUGAAAUGAUGUUGAUAAUCCUCUUGAAAAAUGGACUGUGUGCACCCUUAGCUGCACUCCAACUUGACCUUUAUUGUCUGUGAUCAGUGGUAGCUUUGCAUCAAGCUCACAACCUCCUGUGAGUUAUGUGUCCCAUGUGCUUUAUGAGAAUAUUGGGAGUUCACUCUGUGUGCAUGUGUGUGAGACAAUGACAAAAAGCUUAUUAAAACGAAUCACACAGGC